AUGAUCAUUAAAUUAGCGGAAAAGACGACGAGCACAACAACCAGAAAAACGGUUUCGCACACGGAACAGUCAACUUAUGAUGAUAAUAAAGAUAUCAUAUGGCCAACUGUUGUUGGUAUUUUUGUAGCAUUGGCAUUAGGAUGGAUGAUAUGUCGAUAUAAAUGUUCAUCGAAUGAAAGAUCUCCACACAUUGUUCAAUGCUGUCCAACAUCGUUAUGUAAAAAACUUCGUUCCUGUUGUACAUAUAUUUUUGAUCUGUGUAGAUUUAAAUCGGAACCACAACAACGACAACAAAACUCAACAUCUGAUUUACGAUUGACAUCAAUUCGCGAAAGAUUAUCAAAUACAAGUACGUUGGAAGUUCCAAUUCUAACCAAUAACAUUCUAAAUCAUCGCCCAUCGAUUACACAAUCUUAUUCUUCUCAAUGGCCUCCAACGUUUCUUUCGAAUACUAAUAAUCAGGGAUCAUCGUUACCAUUAUCGAUAACCGUUCAAUCAAUAGACGAUCAUUUAGAACCUAAGCGUCAUCCAUUACGUCGAGAAUCGUUAUUACCUGAGGCAGAACAGGAUAAUGAAAGACGUGAUUCUGCUGCAUGGCCAUUUCCAUCAGCAAAUAUGAUCUUUCAUAAUCAAACGAAUGAAAUCAAAAAGAAUCAUUUAUUUUUUAAUACGUAG